GCGGUCGAGCAGAGCCGAGCCCUGCUGCCUCAGCGGGACUGCGUCGCCAUGGAUACAGAGUCCACGUACUCGGGUUAUUCCUACUACUCUGGGCGCUCCCGGGGGUCCCACAGGCAUGGUGAGCGAAGCCGGGACCGCCACAAGUCGCGCAGCAAAGACAGCCGCUCGGAAAAGUCGGUGACGAUUAACACGCCGCCUGCAGAGCCGCUACUGGGCGACUCCGCUGUUCGGGGGGAGCAGAUCCAGGAUGACAACUGGGGCGAGACCACCACAGCCGUCACAGGCACGUCGGAGCACAGCCUCUCUCAGGAGGACAUCGUCCGCAUCACCAAGGACCUGGAGGACAGCGUGGGGCUCGACUGCCGCCGCUACUUCACCCGGACGCUGGCUGUGAUCCUGGGCUUGCUGGUGUUCCUCACGCCGCUGGCCUUCCUGGUGCUCCCCCACCUCCUCUGGCCGGAGAAGCUGCAGAGCUGCGGGACGGCCUGCGAAGGCCUCUUCAUCUCCGUGGCCUUCAAGCUGCUCAUACUGCUGCUGGCCGUCUGGGCGCUCUUCUUCAGGCCGGCGCGGGCUGGCCUCCCGCGGGUCUUUGUGUUCCGGGCGUUGCUCGCCGUGCUGGUGCUGCUUUUUGUGGUCUCCUAUUGGCUCUUCUAUGGAGUCAGGAUACUGGACUCACAGGAUGAGAACUACCAGGGCAUCGUGCAGUACGCCGUCUCGCUGGUGGACGCCCUGCUCUUCAUCCACUACCUGGCCAUCGUCCUGCUGGAGCUCCGGCAGCUUCAGCCGUGCUUCUCCGUGUGCGUCACGCGCUCUACAGACGGCGAGACGAGGCAUUACAACCUGGGACAGCUCAGUAUUCAGCGUGCAGCUCUGGCCAUCAUAGAGCACUACUACUGUGAUUUCCCAGUCCACAACCCGGCGCUGCUUUCCGCCUCCAAGUCCCGCGCCGCCAAACACCUGGCCGGCCUUAAGGUCUACAACGUGGAUGGUGAGUUCCCAGCAGCCCCAGCCGAGGGUCCGGGGAACAAUGCAGCAGCAGGACUGGCCCACUCCCAGUCCAGAGCCAUGAUCGCGGCUGCAGCCCGCCGCAGAGACACGAGCCACAACGAGCUCUACUACGAAGAGGCUGAGCACGAGAGGCGGGUCCGCAAACGCAAAGCACGCCUGGUGGUGGCAGUCGAGGAGGCCUUCACCCACAUCAAGCGGAUGCAGGAGGAGGAGCAGAAGAAGGCUCCGGGGGACGUGAUGGACCCGCGAGAGGCAGCACAAGCCAUCUUCCCCUCCAUGGCUCGGGCGCUGCAGAAGUACCUGAGGACCACCAAGCAGCAGCACUGCCACAGCAUGGAGAGCAUCCAGCAGCACCUGGCCUUCUGCAUCACCAACAACAUGACGCCCAAGGCGUUCCUGGAGAGCUACCUGGUCCCGGGGCCGACCCUGCAGUACAGCCGGGACCGCUGGCUGGCCCGUCAGUGGACGCUCAUCAGCGAGGCGUCGGUCACCAGCGGCCUGAAAGACGGCAGCGUCUUCCUGCUCAAGUGCGUGGACUUCAGCCUGGUGGUGACGUCCAAGAAGAUCCCCUACAUCCAGAUGUCUGAGGAGUACAUCGACCCCAAAUCACACAAGUUUGUCCUGCGGCUACAGUCGGAGACCUCCGUGUAGGACUCCAGACGGCUUUUUUUUUUUUAUUCCUCACCCAGUCGCGUUGCUCUCAAAUGUUUUCACUUUGGGUUUGCAGUUUUUAUUUUUACUUCUUUGGAUUUUUUAUAUAUUAUAUAUGAAUCUAUAUAUCACACACGUUUGAAUAUAUUGAUCUUAUAAUGUUUGAUUUGGAUGAAAAGAAGAAUUGACGGAACAGGAGUUUGGACGCCUCGGGUAUGGUUGUGCACAUGUGUGUGAGCGUAUGGGUGUGUGUGUGAGUGUGUGUGUGAGUCAUUUUGUGUCAAUCACUCGUUCCUUUUUGUGUUUGAGAUUCUGAAGCCAAACGAGACGGGAACAAGAGACUUUUUUAGGCUUCUGACGCCCUCAUGGAGACGCCUCGGUCUCCAGACAGACGGACAGAUGAACCACUACGGACUGAGAUGGUGCGACUCAUUUGAAGCCUGAUGGAAACUCUCUCGUCUCACUGACAACAUUUCAAAGUAUUUGGAUGCUUUUGGACGUCGACAAAUUGAGAAUUAAACUUUUUUUUUUUCUCAAGAAAAUCAAAUUAAAUGAAACGACUUCAAUCAGAUUUUGCAUCAAAUGCACCUUCAUGUAGAAAUGAAAGGACACGAUGUGGGAACGUGACCCCGGCCUGCUCAGAAACCACGUGGGAGUGUUUUCCUCUCCACACUGUCCUCAUGACUGUUUCAAGACUCCUCCUGACAAACUCGGUUGAGAUGUCACACUCCGUCACGUCCAGCCUGCGGCACACAGUGGCGCCCGUGGGUGCUCGUUUCAGCAGCCAAAUUGGGACUUUUUGGGAUUCUCCUCCAGGUGCAAUGGAGCAAAAUCCGAGAUAUUUCCACUCCAGUUGGGAACAACACAAGCAUGCUAUGGUAAACACCAGGACGGACCGAGUAAUAAGAGACAUGCAGGGAUGGACACAUGCCCCAAAUCAUCAGCGACCCUCUCAGGGCCUUCGUGUCUGACUUGGUGGGAAGCGAAGGCAGCGGGGAGACGUGCUGUCAGAAUAAAAGUACUACUGAUUUCUCCACAACAGAACUCCUCCGUCUUUUUGUUAGGACAGCAGCAAAUCCAAAUAAAACUCUUAAUACAUUCUCAGAGACAAGACAACUGGUAAAUUUAGUGUAACGUCCUAUUUUCACAGCACUAACCCACUCGGUUCUACUCUGCUCUUUAUAACUUUGGCUGAUUCCGGUUGUUUAUUCGUUGCUGCUACUGUCUGCAAAACGCCACACUUCUGAUGUUUCUUUCACAUUAAAAGGCUUCUUUUAAA